AUGAGUGACGAAUUCACGGACAGUUUUGGCGCCGGCGCCGAUGUCAUCGGUUCUUUUGACUUCGCCAAAGAGGUUCUGUCGCAUGUCUCGCAGAUCGCGGUCGACCUUGGCGCCCGCAAGAAGCUAUGCUUUGCAGGCUGCCUUGCUGCCGAGUUGCUAAUUGCCAGGAAGGCCUUGGACUCGACGGACAUCGCGCAUUUACCCAAACUUCAACGACGGGUUCCAAAACUCCUCAAGGACCUGGAUCGUGUGUGUGCAUGGCCAGAUCCUCCCGAGCCUUAUAAUGCAACCUUCCGGUCCUUGAUCGGCUCGAAAGGAAAGGGAAUCGAUGAACGCGUGCGACAGGGUAUCCUGAACUUUGCAAAGUCUUCGCCGUACGUCGUCGAACAAUAUCUGAAAAAGCUCGAGCGAUUCUCGCAGCAAGUGGUGCUCCUGGAUGACGUCGGCAUGAAUAGUGGUAAUGUGAAUCAGCGGGCCAAAGACAUCACCGAAGAGUAUCCCGCACAUGUCAAUGCCGACCUCUAUGCUGUCCUGAAGUCUCAUUCGCUCUGCACCUGCAUUGCCCGUCACGGACGUGGACAUCCGCGACACCAAGCGAGGCUACGACUACGAAAUGACAUAUUGAAAGUUGAUGGACAAGUCGCUUUCGACAUGCUCUUCUCAACGUCUCCUACAGCGUGGGACCACUGGCAGGAUCUUCAGCUACAUGUAUCUAUGAGGAAGAAAGCUGCUAAAGCAGUCAAAUUUGGCGAUGACUCCGAUUCUUUCAAAACGUCGGGUGGCUGCAUCAAACGCGGCGCGAAGAAGACGAGGUUAGUCAGACCAGAUGAGUUCUGCCGUCUAGUAAAGACAAGGCUGGGCUCUAGGAUUUGUUGCCGUGUCCAGGACUCGGAGCUUCAUCAGCUUUAUGACGGUCUCCCUGUUAUUGACCACAUCGAUUCCGGCCCUAGCGUCUCGCUCAGGAGGGUUCUAGAGAUAGGACGGCUGUCCAACCGGAUGAAGCUAGUACUUGCAUAUAUUGUCGCCCGGUCCUUCUGGCAAUACUAUGACUCUCCUUGGAUGGAUUCACCCUGGUCAAGCGAAUCGAUCCAUUUCCUCCCUGAACUGUUAGUCGAAGGUGAAAAUGAUAUCCAGCCAAACGUGGCAAUUUACGCCUCAAAGCCUUAUUUUGCGGUUCAGUUUGAGCAGUCUGCUGGUGAAUCGGUCGAAUACUGCAACAAUUUUGGCGUCAUUUUUCGAUAUCCCCGACUGCUUGCACUUUGCAUCAUCCUCCUCGAGAUAGGAAGAGGUCAGAGCCUAAGCACCGAGGACCUUGGCUCAGUUGAGGCCAAUCUGAAUGCAACUUGGACAUUAGCCAAACGACUCACAAGCAAGAACAGAACCUGGGGUGACUUUGAUUACCCACACUACCGCCAGGCAAUCCUCAGUUGUCUUCACUACAAGUCGUCGGAGCAGGAGGGUGCGACCGUAGAAGCAGAUGUAUUUGUUCGAAAGGCUGCAAUUCAUAAUGCUGUUGUCAGACCCUUGGAAAAACUUCUUAACGAGCUAGGUUUCGCUGGUGACCUGAACAUCAUGGAUCCUAUUGACGCUUCCAAUGGUCCAAAUCAUGUCGCUGACAUCCCAGCUGUGCCAGCGAUGCCGAUGCACAACCGCGACGCUGAUCAAGCAUCGCGAUGGCUCGAUGACCUUAGUGUCAUAAACCAAUAUUUCCAAAAAAGGCAGACCCUUACGCCAGUCCAGUCACCACGGGUAGCUAUUUUGGAUACGGGCUUCGACGAGGAGGGAGUAUUCUUCACUGCGCCUGGGCGUCGGCAAAAGAUCAAGGGCUGGAAAGAUUACGUCGCCAAUUCCGAAGUUCCCACAGAUGAGAAUGGCCACGGAAGCCAUUGCACCGCUAUUAUAAUGAAAAUUGCUCCUCAGGCUACAAUUUAUGUAGCUAGGAUAGCCAAGAACAGGGGAAGCCUGAGGAAUUCGACACAUGCAAUUGCAGAGGCCAUCGACUGGGCGGCAAACGAAGUCAAAGCGGACAUCGUUUCCAUGUCUUUCGGUUUCCAAGACGAAGUCCCCAUCAUCACCCACGCCAUUACUAAAGCGAUGCUUGAGCGACAGGGCAAUAUAAUCUUCUUUGCUGCGGCUUCCAACUCAGGCGGAAAUCGCCGAGAGAUGUUUCCGGCAAACCUCGAUCAUGUUAUAUCAAUUCGUGAAACCAAUACUCGUGGCGCCUUCUCGGACACUAACCCCCCAGUCGACCCGGACGGACCGGCUGUGCUUGGCACCUUGGGGCGCGAAGUGCCAUCAGCAUGGCUUAGUAGUGUGGAAGGAGAGAUUGCCAAGUCCGGAUCCUCGGUCGCCACCGCCGUUGCGACGGGCAUCGCCGCUAUGAUUAUGAUGAUUGUAGGUAUCGGUAUUGGAGACCCAACAGUCCGAAUGCCACCCGAUAUCAAGAAGCUGUGGACAAAACGGGGCAUGCGCAAUGCUCUGGCGAGAAUGUCUCUCGACAUGGGCAACAGGUCGUACUACAUAUCUCCCGUGGGGUUUUUCACAGGCAAGGGGGCGGAGAAAGUUUGGGCGGCAAUUGCAGAUGCUUGUGCGCGAUGA